UGAGAAGCCGGAGGAUAAGGGGGAUACCGUGGAAAAAUCCACGUCAACCUGGCUCUGAUUCCGUCUGAUCUUCCUAAAUAUGAAUGUUCAUGUCUGACCCAGAGAGAUGGGAAAGCUCGAGGAUAACGAGAGGGUGAUCCUCAACGUGGGGGGCACCCGGCACGAGACCUACCGGAGCACGCUGAAGACCCUGCCGGGGACCCGGCUGGCUCUGCUCGCCAGCGAGUCCCAGAGCGAGUCCUCGGGCGGGGAAGAGCAGCCGCCGGCUCCCCCGCCACCGCCUCCCCCCAUCCUGCCCCCGCAGGUGCCGGGCGGCUGCCCGGAGGCCAGCAGCGGCGGCAGCCCCCGGAACUGCGGCGGCCCCAGCGAGUUCUUCUUCGACCGGCACCCGGGGGUCUUCGCCUAUGUGCUCAACUACUACCGCACGGGCAAGCUGCACUGCCCGGCCGACGUGUGCGGGCCGCUCUUCGAGGAGGAGCUCGCCUUCUGGGGCAUCGACGAGACCGACGUGGAGCCCUGCUGCUGGAUGACCUACCGCCAGCACCGCGACGCCGAGGAGGCGCUCGACAUCUUCGAGACCCCCGACCUCAUCAACGGAGAGCCGCCGCUCGACGGCGACGACGACGACCUGGCCGCUAAGCGGCUGGGCAUCGAGGACGUGGGGGCGGCGGCCGGGCCCCCCGACGGCGUGGGCGGGCGCUGGAGACGGCUGCAGCCCCGGGUGUGGGCGCUCUUCGAGGACCCCUACUCCUCCCGGGCCGCCAGGUUCAUUGCUUUUGCCUCUUUAUUCUUCAUCCUAGUUUCAAUCACAACCUUUUGUUUGGAAACCCAUGAGGCUUUCAAUACUAUUAUAAACAAAACCGAGCAUGCCAUCAAUGGCACAGAGGUGGUUCUACAGUAUGAAAUUGAGACAGAUCCUGCUCUGACAUAUGUGGAAGGAGUCUGUGUGGUGUGGUUUACAUUUGAAUUUUUAGUCCGUGUUGUUUUUUCACCCAAUAAACUUGAAUUCAUCAAAAAUCUCUUGAAUAUCAUUGACUUUGUGGCCAUUCUGCCCUUUUACCUAGAGGUGGGCCUAAGUGGCCUCUCCUCCAAAGCUGCUAAGGAUGUGCUUGGCUUCCUCAGGGUGGUGAGAUUUGUGAGAAUCCUGCGAAUCUUCAAACUCACCCGGCACUUUGUAGGUCUCAGAGUGCUGGGUCACACACUCCGAGCUAGCACCAAUGAGUUUUUGCUGCUGAUAAUAUUCCUGGCACUAGGUGUGUUGAUAUUUGCCACCAUGAUCUACUAUGCUGAGCGAAUAGGGGCCAAGCCCAAUGACCCAUCUGCUAGUGAGCAUACACAGUUCAAAAAUAUCCCCAUUGGCUUCUGGUGGGCUGUGGUCACCAUGACUACCCUUGGGUAUGGGGACAUGUAUCCUCGGACUUGGUCAGGCAUGUUAGUGGGUGCUCUGUGUGCUCUUGCUGGGGUGCUGACCAUAGCCAUGCCCGUGCCUGUCAUUGUCAACAAUUUUGGAAUGUACUACUCCCUGGCAAUGGCGAAGCAGAAACUUCCAAGAAAGAGGAAGAAACACAUCCCUCCUGCUCCUCAGGUGAGCUCCCCUACCUUUUGCAAGACAGACUUGAAUAUGGCCUGCAAUAGCACACAGGGAGAUGUCUGCCUGGGCAAAGACAACCGGCUGAUGGAACACAACAGAUCAGUGUUAUCAGGUGAAGACAGUGCAGGAAGUGAGCAGCCACUCUCACCUGGGGAAAGGCACCCACCAAUCAGACGCUCUAGUACCAGAGACAAUAACAGAAGAGGGGGAACAUGUUUCCUACUGACAACAGGUGAUUACACGUGUGCUACUGAUGGAGGGAUCAGGAAAGAUAACUGCAAAGAGGUUGUCAUUACUGGUUACACGCAAGCUGAGGCCAGAUCUCUUUCUUAAUGGCUUGGGGAAGGCACAAAACAUGAAAGAAAGUGUUGUACAGAAUUUAUCAUGGAUUUUUGACUGCUGAAAAAGGGACAAUGGAAUUUAGCCAUACCAAGGACUGUACUGGAAAGAGACUACUGCUGCUGAAUGGGCCAUGAUAAACAACUCGUGCAUUGAACAGGUCAUUGAGCCGUCACAUGAGAAGGAGAGAUUAUUAUGAAGAUGAAGGACUGAUUUCAAUCGCUGCUGCCAGUGGAAGAGGUGACUCGUCACUGUUGAUGAGUCAGCUGUAAAUACAAUGUGUGUGCAUGGAAUAUCAGCUUUUGCCAUCUAUGUCAGAGGAAGCUGAAUUCAAAGUCAUCAGCUCUCAGACUCCAUGCAAAGAACCACGUGCCUCUCUCUGUAUAUUCUCCCUGGUUCCCGCAGUAUGGUCGUGCUGUGGAUCAUGCAAAGGCACACACCUAUAAUGAUAGUGAUGUAAACUACAUCUGUCUUCACUUCCCUCAUAACAAAGGUAUUUUUUUUGCAAGGGUCAUGACCAUGGACAGAGUGGGUUUUGCUACAAGUUCUUGCUUUCUCAGUUUGCCAUAUCUAUAUUUUUAUGAAUUCCAGUGUACAUGCCAAUUUUUGUUUACUUUUCACUUUGAUAAGAGAAAUGUGGCUGCAGACAAACAUCCCUGACUUUGUUCACAGUACACAAUCUUUUUUCAUUGUUACCUCAGACUAUAAGUAUUAUGAGAAAUAAAAUUCUGGCAGCAAGAAUAUUUGGGUUUUUUUAUUCAAACUAUCACAGAAGCAACAUCAAUAAAUAUAAAAUAUGUAUUAAAAUUAUAUCCUAAAAAUGUAUAUUUUGCAUAAGAGAGAUAUUCUUUGAUCAAUUACUUUUUGUGAGUUUUGUGGUAAAUUGGUCUAGUCUGUUCUAUGUCUUUGAUGCAUUGUAGUUGGUACAGUGUAUUAAUUAUGUUCUCCCCAUCCUAUUUAAUAAGAAUUUCUCCAGAAUAUGUUUGUCAUCUUGGUAUCCUGAAUGUAGGGACUAUCCCAGUUGUGAAACUCUGUAUCGUGGAACUUUUGUGAACAUGUCAAGGUGCAUGCACAAUCCUGGUGGAAACUAAUAGAAA